UUGAGUUGCGCAUAUAAACCCGUGGUGCCAUCAUCAGACUUCCUCUUGCACAAAAUCAAUUAACUUUAGAUUUUUCGUUACUGGUUGGCACGAAAUCAUUAAACGUCAAUUUCGUAUGAAGUAUGGGCUGCGCAAUAUCGGGUCUGGAAGCUAAAGGAGAGUUUGGAGAGAGGACCACAGAGGAUGCUGCUGCGACUCCCAGCGAGCCUCAGAUUCAUAUGAUCAAGGAGUCCUGGAAAGUUAUCCGGGACGAUAUAGCCAAAGUUGGGAUUAUCAUGUUCGUCAGGUUGUUUGAGACCCAUCCCGAAUGCAAGGACGUCUUCUUCCUGUUCCGAGACGUGGAGGACCUGGAGAGGCUGCGGACCAGCCGGGAGCUGAGGGCGCACGGCCUGAGGGUGAUGUCUUUUAUCGAGAAAAGUGUGGCGAGACUGGACCAGCUGGAGAGACUGGAAGCUCUGGCUCUGGAGCUGGGGAAAAGCCAUUAUCACUACAACGCCCCUCCCAAGUACUACAGUUACGUCGGAGCUGAAUUCAUCUGCGCCGUGCGGCCCAUCCUGAAGGAGAAGUGGACGUCUGAGCUGGAGGAGGCCUGGAAGACCCUGUUCCAGUUUGUGACGGGCCUCAUGAAGCGGGGGUACGAGGAGGAGGGUGACCGGCAGCGGGAGCUCGCAGCCUCCCCGAAGGAGCGACCGGACAAGAGGAACACAGCGAUAUGAGACUGGGCCUCUUUAAACCAGCAGUGUGCAUGUAUAUAAUGUAUUUACUGUGUCUUUUCUACAACGCUUAAUGUUAACCGUGAUCAUUGUUUGCUAUCUUCUCACUUCACACAAAAGAACUUGCAGUGGCUUUCAACAACGCACUUUAUUUCUGAACUUAGAUUCUGCUGCUGUCCUCUUUAAUGAGGACCUGGAGCACAGAGACAAUUCACAUGACUGGGAAAAUAUACCGGCCAUAGUUUAAACCUGCCUUGUAAUGAACUGAAAUGACAUUAUUAAAAUAACCAGCCAAUACUUUGUCUCUGUUUUCAUAACUCAAAAAAUGCCUUUCAGUCAAAUAUAACUUUAAAACAUGUUUUCCGUCAUCAUUCAGAAAUCCGAUUCACUUUUCAAAUCCCUACAUUAACUUAAGCUACACAUUUUAUUGGUGUUUAACAAUUUAAGACGGCCAGUUUGGCAGCUUGGUAUGAAAUCGUGGCCUGAAACAAAAAAACUGCCUUUGUACUUCAUGUGAAAUAAAAGUACUUUUCAAGUCCAAUAUUAAACUAUGAAAUAUAUCUGA